AUGCCGCCUCAACCCUUGCCGCCAGACGUCAGCAACUACCGCUGGAGGAACUUUGACGUGGGGGCCGCCAUGACCAUGUUCGACAUGAUCAGGGCGCACUAUGUGGAGAGGCUGUCGGUGCUGUACAUUCACAAUGCUGCCGUGGUGGUGAAGCAGCUGUACAAACUGGUCAGCCCUUUCAUCCACCCCGUGACGCGCAGCAAGAUCAUGUUUUUGCCGGAUGACCCAGCAGCAGCGGCGGCCAUCCUGGCGAAGCAGAUUGACCCCAAAAUCCUGCCCCCCAGCAUGGGCGGCUCCGGCGAGCCCAAGCCCGUCGAAGCUGCCUGGGCGCUGAUUGAAGAGCGCCGCGCGUCCGGACGCAGGGCGCCCGCGGCCACCGAGCCGGCCGCCGCGGCAGUUGAUGGGCCUUCUGAGAGCCCCAGCGCUGCUGAUGCUGCCGGGAUGGCGGUGCAGGAGGUUUUGGUGGACAUCAUCCCGCGGGGCAGCGCCGCGGCUGCGGCCGCAAAGGAGGGGCUCGAGCUGCCGCAGGCUGUGGUGGCGCUUGCGUGA